UCCCGAGAGUGAUGGAAUUACGAAAAUAGAAACACAACAUUCGCUGGAAAGCCCGAGGCGGUUUGGAAACUGCAAACAUAUCCACUGCUCAAAUACUCCUGGACGGAUGAGCUUAGUCGCUGGUGAUGAAACUCUAACAUUUUUGAUGCUCUCGGUCAGAAACACAAACAUAUACUUUCACACACACAUAGCUUCAUUCCAAGCCAGCUGUUUGCGGUUCGCUCGGUCCAGGGAUUAACCGACUGUCGUGCAUCAGGCCAGGUGCUUGGAGAUUUGGUCACGCUCCGUCGACGACGGCAUCCGUGCAACGUACCAAACGUACAAUUUUAAUCCCCUGAGAAUACCGGUAGCGGGCCGACCGUCCAUCAAUCCGGCGCUUGCAGGGGAAAAAGUUUUACAUUUUCAUGUAGAUUAGCCCAUUUCACAUCUCGGCGGGCGACGAUGGAUGGAUGGAGAAUUCGGUGAAGCAUCAGCUGCAAAGGUCUCUCAUUAGUGUCGAUGUCAAAAGUUGUACAUGUACCGUCUAAAACAGUCAGUCGUCUGAUCCGAACCAAAGAACGGACGGAUGUACAUACAUACAUACGAACGAAUCCGGAAUCCAAAAUGCGCCAUUGAAAUUGAGAUGUUCGAAGGAUCUCCGCUUCGUUUCGAGUGAGUUGGGUGGUGAUUAAAACCAACGGAAUAGUGUAUUUGAAACGACUUCAAUAAACCACGAAAGGAGCUGAAAUGAAAAGACACACACACAUAUCAGUCGAAACCAACAAAACUCCAUCGUUGAAUUGAAAAUAGGUGAAUAAAAGUUUACGGGAUUGAUAUGGCGAAAUGUUAGCUCCACUAGUUCAAAAGUAUAAAAAUCAUUAAUUAAAACUAAACAAACCGUUUGAAAAAAUCAUAUGUGUUUAUGGUAGCAGUGAAAUCCGAAAACAAGGUGCGGUUAAACACACUGCUGCAAAUAUAGUUGUGGCAACGGGAAACAAAGCAACCGCCGACCCGAAAGCUCUCGGCUUUACGGCAAGAGCGUUGGCUGCUAGCUGAACGUGUGUUGGCCGUGGAUCACGUUUAUUCUCUAUCCGGUGUUUGUGUGUUUAUGUGCGUUCUCAUAAUAACGGAAGCAUAACAGUAAUAAUGAUAUGUAUUAGCAUUAAUGAUGAUUUUGUGGUGUGUUUGCAAUAUAAUUGAGUGUUCUGGGAAUUAGGAAAGCUCCUGUCGUCUAUUGUGCGUGUGUGCCUGUUAUUGUGGAAUAUCUACACGAUGGCGGCUAAAAUGGCGAUGGAAUGGAUUACUGCGAUUGACAAGAGGCCCUGUGACCGGAAUCUGCGAGACUGCGAGUUAAUAUCGUGUCGAUUGAGGCGGGUGGAACCACUCUGUCGGCUGCCCGGAUCCGCCCUGCAGCAGCUGGCCAUGUGUGGAUUCUAUGAGGAUCUGGAAAAGGGAGUCACGCUGUUUCGGGCCGGUGAGCAGGGCCGCUACUGGUACGCAGUACUCGGCGGUCAACUGGAAGUACGUUACCAUGGAGCGGAAGCCAAGGAUAGUAAGCUCUCGGUGACGCUAUGUAACUUGGGCGUUGGUGCCACCUUUGGCGAAUCGAUCCUGCACGACCUGCCCCGAGACAGUACGGUGGUAACCAAGACGACCUGCGAGCUGCUGCGAGUGGAGCAGGAAGAUUUCAGACUGAUUUUCGAGAAAAAUAAGGAAUUAAUGAACGACAUAAUUUCCAACUGCAAAUUGAAAAAUGGUUUCGGACAGAGCAUGCAGACCACCAGCACCGUUCAGUCCGGCAUCCAUCAGCAGGCAUCACCAACCAAAAAACAACUAAGUCCCGAUCAUCCGAACCCGGCCUCACCAAUCACCGAGGCACCAAGUCCUGCCAUGGCUCGGAUGGGAUGGGCCCUGCGAACACUGCUAGUGUCGGACAAUACCAGCUGCCUGAAAGAUCGAAAGGUUGGCGGAAAAUUUAUUCGCAAAUGUGGCCCCGGUACCGAACUGGUGGACUGGCUGCUGAAUCUAUCGCCGAUUGUGCACACCCGGACGCAGGCGGCCGGCAUGUGGCAGGCACUGGUAGAGGAAGGUGUCCUUAGUCAUGUCGCAAAGGAGCAGCCAUUCAAAGACAAGUGCUUUCUGUACCGGUUCAAAAUGGACGAAGAUGGGACGGCAGGCGGGACGCCCAGCUCCGACGAUGUCAACCAGGCGAACGAUCACAUCAGAGAAGCACUACCUGCCCUGCUACACCGAGGUCCGGAUGCGACACUCCGGAUGAUCCUGCGGAAGCCAUCCCACGAGCGAACCCACGAAGAACUGGAACUGGUAUACGAGGAGUUGCUGCACAUCGCCGCUCUGUCCCAUCUCUCGACGUCCAUCAAGCGGGAGCUGGCUUCGAUCAUCGUAUUCGAAGCGCACGCACAUGCCGGAACUGUGUUAUUCAACCAAGGUGAUGAAGGACGCUCCUGGUACAUCCUGCUCAAAGGUUCAGUGGAUGUCGUUAUACACGGUAAAGGAACGGUGGCGACGCUCAAGGAAGGAGACGAUUUCGGCAAAUUGGCACUUAUCAACGAUGCUCCCAGGGCGGCGACAAUCGUGCUCAAAGAGAACAACUGCCUGAUGCUGCGUGUGGAUAAGGAACACUUCAACCGCAUCCUGCGGGACGUCGAAGCCAACACGCUGCGGUUGCAGGAGCACGGCAAGGACGUACUAAUCCUGGAACGGGUCGCAAAACAGCGAGGACACUCGGCAGCUUUCAAAUACACUGUGAUGUCCGGCACACCGCAAAAAAUGCUGGAACACCUGCUGGAGACAAGACUGGGCGGUCAGGUGGGACCAAACGAUCCGUUUUUGGACGACUUUCUCCUGACCCACAUCGUGUUCAUGCCGACGCCGAUCCUGAUCGACGAGCUGGCCAGCCACUAUCAUGCCGAUGCCGAGGUUGACCUGCGAACGUCCAGCGAGGAAGACCGAGAGUACUUUAUGACCUGCAAACGGCGUGUGGUUCAGUUCAUCCAGCGCUGGGUGCUAGCGGUGCGGCAUGCCGUCUUCGAGGACCCCCUGGCAGUGGAUUUCAUUGAGGAAAUUGCUACUGAUGUCGAGUCGGAAGGUUUGCUCCAGGAGGAAGCUAGUAUCAUUCAUCACGUGCUAACGCAAUUAUCCCGAUAUCAAGAGGAUCGACAGAUGAAUGCCAGCCAGAAGUGGAAACUACCGCCCAACGGACAACCCAUUUGCCUAUUCAGUGGAAACACACACUCAAAGACUGUCAUAAGACCGGAUGACGACAUAAUCUUCCGCGUCUACUGUGCGGAUCACACGUAUUGCACCCUGCGCUUCCCGAUGGCCACCUCGGCCGAAAUCAUUAAGGCGUGCGCAGCGGACAAACUGAAGCUACCCCGCAUCCCGGACGAUCUGCUGCUGGUGGAAGUCAAGAGCAACGGGGAACGGUCCGUGUACAAGGACACCGACGUCAGCAUACCGACGGCACUGAGCCUGAACGGGCGAAUAUUCGUUUCACCAAAGGACCACCUGGACGCACUGACUCCCCUACCGGAGCAGGAGCUUCCGACCGAGGCGCUCGAUAUGGACUUCGAGGCGCUGCCGACCAAGGACGUUGCCUACCACAUGACGCUGUUCGACUGGGAUCUGUUUUGGGCUGUGCAUGAGUACGAGCUGUUGUACCAUACCUUCGGUAGACAUCAUUUUAAUAAGCUUUCAUCUGUUUCAUCUGCAAGCCUUGGCGGCAACGACGAUUCGCAUGUCAAAUGUGACCCGAUUGUUAACAUUCAGGCAGGACAUCAUGCAUUCGAAUGUGACGAGUCCGACCGAAAUGCUAUCCGCAAAUGA